AUGGCAAAAAAGAACAAGAAAAAAGUUGUGCGUCCUUGGUGCUGGUACUGCGAACGUGAUUUCGAGGAUGAAAAAGUGCUGAUUUCGCAUCAAAGAGCAAAGCACUUCAAGUGUAGCCAUUGCAGCAAAAAACUCAACACUGCAGGAGGAAUGGCAGUCCAUGUUCUACAGGUUCACAAG